UUGAGCACGUCUCCAUGAUAGUGAUUCUCCUGAACUGUGUGACUCUGGGGAUGUACCAACCCUGUGAAGACGUCACCUGUCAGGCUGAGUGGUGCCUCAUACUACAGGUGUUUGACGACUGUAUCUUUGCGUUUUUCGCGGUGGAGAUGGUCAUUAAGAUGGUGGCUCUGGGGAUCUUCGGUUCUAAGUGUUACCUUGGCGACACUUGGAACCGACUGGACUUCUUCAUCGUCAUGGCAGGGAUGAUGGAGUAUUCUCUGGACGGACACAACGCCAGUCUGUCAGCUAUCAGGACCGUACGCGUUCUGCGGCCGCUUCGGGCAAUCAACAGAGUCCCUAGUAUGCGUAUCCUGGUGACACUGCUCCUAGACACUCUCCCCAUGCUGGGUAACGUCCUGCUCCUCUGUUUCUUCGUCUUCUUCAUCUUCGGCAUCGUCGGCGUGCAGCUGUGGGCGGGGCUACUGAGAAACAGGUGCUUCAUGGGAGAAGACUUCAGAACGCUCUAUAACCUGUCAUUGAGUGUGUACUACCAGCCGGAGGAGAGCGAGGAGGACCCCUUCAUCUGCUCAGCAAUUCGGGAGAACGGAAUGUUGCGUUGCCAUGACGUCCCGCCCUACAGCGAGGGAGGGGCCGAGUGCUCGCUGCCCGCGCCCUCUCUUGACGGGGAGGGCGGGGCAAGAGACGGCUGUGUGAACUGGAACCAGUACUAUAACGUCUGUCGGCCCGGCAACGUCAACCCUCACAAAGGAGCGGUGAACUUUGACAACAUAGCCUACGCAUGGAUAGCCAUAUUCCAGGUGAUAACCCUGGAAGGCUGGGUGGACAUCAUGUACUACGUUAUGGAUGCUCACUCCUUCUACAAUUUUAUAUAUUUUAUAUUCCUCAUCAUAGUGGGCUCUUUCUUCAUGAUCAACCUGUGCCUGGUAGUCAUAGCGACCCAGUUUGCGGAGACGAAGCAGCGUGAGAACGCGUUGAUGCGCGAGCAGCGAGCGCGUUACAUGUCCAACGACAGUACUCUGGCCAGCUACAGCGAACCGGGAUCCUGCUACGAAGAGAUGCUGAGAUACGUUUCACACCUCUACCGUAAACUGACCCGACGAGUACAACGCAUGUACACAACCUGGCACAGUAAGCGUCGUAAGAAGGUAAACCCUAACGGAGGAGGAAGUGGUCCGGGGGUCGGCCGCAGAACGUCCGGAAACGCCCCCUGGCUCCGCCCCGUACACAACCUGCUGCAGCAUCACCAGCGCCACCACUGUCGGCACAGCAACGGAGGACACACCCCCGUAGCAACAGUCCCCCUCUAUGUCUCUGUGUUCCCCUCUGUCUCUGCAGUGAUGGAGUUGACUGAUGUCCUGGAGAUCAGUAACAUCGUGUUCACCUGCAUGUUCCUCCUGGAGAUGAUUAUCCUAGGCAUGCACCUGUUUGGGUGUAAAUUUAAUCAGCAGAUGGAGAACGGAGACACCAUCCCAGACCGCAAGAACUUUGACUCGCUACUCUGGGCCAUCGUUACUGUGUUCCAGAUCCUGACUCAGGAGGACUGGAAUGUGGUCCUGUAUAACGGCAUGGCCUCCACCUCUCCUCUCGCGGCUCUCUACUUUGUGGCUCUGAUGACGUUUGGGAACUACGUCCUCUUCAACCUGCUGGUGGCCAUCUUGGUGGAGGGCUUCCAGGCUGAGGGUGAUGCCAACCGGGCGGACUCUGACGAUGACAAGAGGUCUGAUGACGAUGGAGAGGAGGAGAAGAAGGAGAAGGUUGAAGAGCUGAAAGACACAGAGCUGAAGAUGUAUUCUCUGAUGAUGACGGCCAACGGUCACGCGGACCGCAACACUCUGGCCCCUCCAAUAACCAUCACGCGCACGGCGGCGACACCCGUGCCGACGCCCAAGAGCUCAUUGGGCCCCGAGUCCGUUCUGGGGGAGGGGCUCGUGUGUUCAGACUUCGGGGAUUCUCGUCGCGGCAGCGCUGCUGCUUGCAUAGACACCUACGACCAGCGCUCUCUGUCCAGCCCCGGCCAGCACUCGCCCCUCCCUCCCAGAGGUCAGGGUUCAGUCAGUGGGUGGGGCAGCAGGAGGUCAAGUUGGAACAGCCUCAGCCGCGCCCCCAGCCUCAAACGCAGCAAAACCAGCGGAGAGAGGGAGAGUCUGCUCUCAGGGGAGGGAGGAGGGGAGGAGGAAGAGGGGGCCUUAGAGCUGCUACAGGUGUCCUCUCUGGGCCCGUCUGUAACAGGGGAGUACGGGGACUGUAACGGGAGGAGUCUUCAUCACAUGACCUAUGACCCCAACAAGGACCUUUCACCUGACGAUGACAUGGAGGAGGACAACCUGUGGUUCCGGGUCAGGAGAACGCUGCAGAGCCACAAGCCACGCUGGUGUAGAGAACAUGAAGACUGGAACCUCUACCUGUUCUCCCCUCAGAACUCGUUCCGUGUGUGGGCUAAGGGGAUGAUCUCUCAUAAGAUGUUUGAUCACGUGGUCCUCCUCUUCAUCUUCCUCAACUGCAUCACCAUCGCUCUGGAGAGACCCGGCAUUCUGCCUCACAGCACCGAGAGAGUGUUUCUGAGUGUCUCCUGUUUCAGUCUGUUGUCUGUUUCACGUGUUCUGUUGACUGUCAUCUUCCUGGCUGAGAUGACUGUCAAGAUUUCAGCGUUGGGGUUCUGCUGGGGUAAACAGAGCUACUCUGAAGAGCAGCUGGAAUGUUCUGAUGGGAUCCUGGUCUUUGUCUCUCUGGUGGACAUCCUGGUUUCUCUGGCCUUGACUGGAGGGAACCGCAUCCUGGGAAUCCUCAGAGUACUACGUUGUCUACGCACACUACGACCUCUCAGGGUGAUCAGUCGAGCCCCAGGGCUGAAGCUGGUAGUGGAGACUCUGAUCACCUCUCUGAGACCCAUCGGGAACAUCGUCCUCAUCUGCUGCGCUUUCUUCACUGUGUUUGGAAUACUGGGAGUACAGCUGUUCAAGGGUAAAUUCUACCUAUGUGAAGGCCUGGACACCAGAAACAUCACCACCAAGUCAGACUGUCUGCUGGCCAACUACCGCUGGACACGCAGGAAAUACAACUUCGACAACCUGGGACAGGCGCUGAUGUCUCUGUUCGUGCUGUCCUGUAAGGAUGGAUGGGUCAACAUCAUGUAUGAUGGCCUGGAUGCAGUAGACCAGCAGCCGGUGAGGAACCACAACCCGUGGAUGCUCCUCUACUUCAUCUCCUUCCUCCUCAUCGUCAGUUUCUUCGUCCUCAACAUGUUCGUGGGCGUGGUGGUGGAGAACUUCCACAAGUGUCGUCAGGACCAGGAAGAGGAAGAGCAGCGGCUGCGGGAAGAGAAGAGGCUCAAAAUCCUGGAGAAAAAGCGCAGGAAGGCCCAACAGAGACCCUACUAUGCAGACUACUCCCCGGUGCGUCUCACCAUCCACACGUUGUGCACCAGCCACUACCUGGACCUCUUCAUCACCAUCAUCAUCGGCAUCAACGUCGUCACCAUGAGCAUGGAGCAUUACAACCAGCCACAGUAUCUGGAGGAGGCUCUGAAGUACUGUAACUACCUGUUUACCUGUAUCUUCAUCAUCGAGACCCUGCUGAAACUAGUGGCCUUCGGACUGCACAGGUUCUUUAAAGACAGGUGGAACCAGCUGGACCUGGCCAUAGUGCUGCUGUCCAUCAUGGGCAUCACUCUGGAGGAGCUCAAGAUGAACGCAUCGCUACCCAUCAACCCCACCAUCAUCAGGAUCAUGAGAGUCCUGAGGAUCGCUAGAGUGUUGAAGCUGUUGAAGAUGGCUACAGGGAUGAGAGCUCUUCUGGACACGGUCAUGCAGGCCUUGCCACAGGUGGGGAAUCUGGGUCUGCUCUUCAUGUUGCUGUUCUUCAUCUACGCAGCACUGGGAGUUGAGCUGUUUGGGAAACUGGAGUGUAACGACAGUAAUCCGUGUGAGGGUCUGAGUCGCCACGCCACCUUUGAGAACUUUGGGAUGGCGUUUCUCACGCUGUUCAGAGUCUCUACUGGGGACAACUGGAACGGCAUCAUGAAGGACACGCUGCGUGAGUGUCGUCCAGAGGAGCGCUCCUGUCUGACCUACCUUCCUCUGAUGUCUCCGGUUUACUUCGUGACCUUCGUCCUCAUGGCCCAGUUCGUGCUGGUCAACGUGGUGGUGGCGGUGCUGAUGAAACACCUGGAGGAGAGCAACAAGGAAGCCAAGGAGGACGCAGAGAUGGACGCCGAGAUCGCGCUGGAGAUGGAGAGAGCUAGACGUCUUAGCGCCGCCUCUAACGCGUCGGCACUGGGCGGGGCCUACGUGGGGCCACGCCCACACUCACCUGGUCAGGAGGAGGAGGGUCAGUGCAACCAGGAGGAGAAUGCUUUCUGUCACCAGGAACACAGCAGCCCCCUGCACCAAGCCUCAGCCAUGCGAAGACCAGGCCGUACUGCCCGGCCUCUCUCACCCUGUUCCCCUCACAUCGCCCCGCCAAGGCCCUCGCCCAGGGGGCUGCGAGACAGGUGGCUGUGA